AUGACCACCCCAACGAACGAAACGUCCCGGAGGGCCAUCAAGGGCCACGUCAGACGCUGGAUCCACAACAUCCAGCAAUACGACAUCGUACAUAUAGACCUAACAAUCUACAAUAUAUUGCUAGGAGCUGAAACCAGUCUAAAAAGCAUGCAAGCUAAAUACAAUCGACUCUCAGAAGCGGUCGCCAGAGACAUGGAAGCAUCAAACGCGACCCGUGCACAAUUCGAUGCCGAGGUCGAAAGCGUGAUCACUCUGGAGGAUGAGUGCAACGCUGCAUACGUGAUCGUCAGGCGAAAAAAGGAUGAAUUCAAAGCACUCAAAGAAGCUGAAGAAAGAAAACGAUCAACAGAACUUGUUGAUCGACCGAACAACCGACAACUGAUUGCCGCCAUUCCAGCAGCAGCUGCACUAGGAGCACCAGCAGCUCCAGCCGCAGUUACAUCGACUAAGCUCCCAAAACGUCAAAUUAAACCAUUCAAAGGGGACGUGCUCGAAUGGACGGCCUUCUGGGAAGGUUACAACGCAGCCGUCCAUGAAUCAGCCAUUCCGGCAGUUCAAAAAUUUGGAUAUCUUAAAGACUACUUGAAAGGUGAAGCACAGCUGUGCGUGGAGAACCUGGAGCUGACAGACGCCAACUACACCGUUGCAGUGAAUCUACUGAAGGCGAUGUACGGCAAACCAGACGUCCUGAUCGAGGCCCACACCCACAAAUUAGCCACGCUGCAACCAGUGAAAGACAUGGCUGAUACCGCGGCGCUCAGGUGCUUCCAGCUGACUAUCCAGUCACAUAUCAAUGCGUUGGAGACACUGGGAGUUGCAAGAACGAGCCACGGAUGCCUCCUUGGAUCAAGCAUUUUACGCUCGAUCCCACUCAAACUUCAAGAAAAGUGGGCAGAAUCCGCAACAAACAAGGUAACAGACAUUGAUCAAGUGUUAAAAUUUAUCGAAGAACAAGUUGAAGCUGCAGAGCGACUCAGCCGUCUGAGAGCUACUAACACCAAAGCCGGCCCAAAAUUCUCCGCAACCGGCAAAAAUAAAACCAGCAACAACACCGACAGCUUCCCAGCUCGGAGUCAGCAGCAAGCCGACUCCACAAACAAACCAUCCAAGCAAAACAAGAAGAAAUGGCAGCCCACCACCACCAAGGAGAGAAGCGACAGCAUCAUCUUCAAGAAAGCCAAUGCUGCCCUGCGUGUUCUGCAAGGGAGAUGCAUUGGGCCACGAAUUGCCCAAUGGAGCUGA